CAGGCACUGCAUCUUCCUCUUCUAUCUACUUUGCCGUCCUGCACAUAUCAAGUUGGCGUAGAUAGAAAACAAUUUUUGAAAACAUGUCUUUUUUGCUUCACGAUCAUUACAAAGUUAGUCUCUCGCUCGACCAAUUCGGUUCCCUCGCAUUGUAGCUCACGUACUUCAUUGAUGUUUCUUCUCAAAUUCAUCUUCAUUGCCUUGUUGGUCAGCAUGCAACUUGCUAUGGUAGCAUUCUGCUCUGGCUCUGACUCAGAAAGUGAAUCUGGUACAUUGGUACGUAUCCAUAGACAUCCUCAACUUCAACGAAUGGUACGUGAACAUCAUUUAAGAACAGCAGAAGCGCAUGCAAGCAAAGGUUUAGACUUGGCAAUGGAUGCUUUAGGACGAGGAAUAGAACGAUCAGCGCACUUGAACACACAUGCAGUCUUAGGGGUGUGCGGUGGUGGCUAUUUUGGUGAUGCAGCGCACAAGAUUGCCCGGGCCAGAAGGACUUCUAUGGCUGCAAUCGCUGGAUGUUUUAAUGCUUCGGCUACUGGUGGAACGAAUGCGGUUAAACAUUUGUACAAAUCAGUUACGCAACCUAAAAAAGUGCAAACAGAUGAUCAGCACUUUGAACGUGUUCGUCAUGACAAUCGUCAUUUAAGACAGGCGUACCAUGGCAUUUCAGACCAGAUCCAAUACAUCAGUGAACACCAUUGAGAUUUUGACGAUUACUGCCGAUUCUUGUAUGAGAAGUGUGGUCACCUUUAAUGCAAGCACAGCUUUCUGCUCGGUUUCUAAGGCCAAGGUGUAUAUGUUCGAGGGCUAUAUCAGACAUUUCGGUUCGAGGACUAUAUCGGAUAUUUCGGUACAGCAUUGUGGUAUCAGAUCAAGUAUGCAGAUUUAGGAGUUAUUUGCAGGCACUGCAUCUUUACAAGAUUGGUCCAGAUAGGAACCAAAUUUUUGAUAGAUAUAACACGAUUAAUGCUAUGUUGGCCUCUCACUCGACUGAUUUAGGUCCCUCGCAUUAUAGCUCACGUACUCCGGCAUCAUGCUCUGGCUUUUGACUCAGAAAGUGAAUCUAGUAUAUUGAUACGCAUGCAUAGGCAUACUUAACUUCAACAUAGUCAUUGUGUUCAGUAUUCAGCAAUAGCCUGAUGUCUAGAAUAAGGGAACAACGAGUGUGUUGUACUGCAG